CGAACCGCCCUCUCCAAGGUCGAGACCUUGCUGACUGAACACGAACUGGAAGCGAUGCAGUCGCGCAAACACUGCGAUCCUGCAACCAAACGAAAAAAUUCAAUCCCGCCGGCUGUGAUAUCUGAUGUCCAGAAGUUACAUCAUGUCAUCCGGUUGUUGGCGGAAGAUCUAAAUGCAAACGUCAAGGUUUUCAUUGACGGCAUGAGGUAA